AUGGGACACAAUCAGGUUGUGGCUGAUGCGGCUGUCGCAGAUGCUUAUGUGGACUCAGUGAACCUUGCUGGACCUCUUGACGUCCAUCAACCUCUUGAGACACGCAAGUCCCCAGAUUACAUCCCCAACAUGGCGAAACAAGGCUACGAUGUUGUUGUAGACGUGGAUACAGAGGGCGACCUCGGACAUACCGACCUCCAAGAGGAUCUUGAAUUCCAUCCGUCCAAUUUCGAAAAUGGCCCUCAAAGCGCCAAAGCGCACUCAGACAGCACACCUUUCCUCGGCAGCGGAGGAUCCUCACGCAGUCGCGGUCGUGACCGAUCCCCCGGCGGUUCACCGUCCAAGCACCGCUGGUGGUCAAUCCAUUAUUACUCACAGUACUUCGACGUCGACACGAACGAAGUGCUCCGACGAUGCGUCGCAGCCCUGUACCCUCGUACCAACUUCCUAGACGUCUUAGAAGGCAACCCGGAUCUCUACGGCCCGUUCUGGAUCGCCACGACCGUCGUCGUCAUCCUGUUCCUGACAGGUACGAUCUCGCAGUGGCUGUCUAAUAGACACGAUGACCAUUUCGAGUACGAUUUCACUCUUCUUUCCGGUGCGGCUGGUUUGAUCUACGGGUAUACAUUCGUGCUUCCUGUUGGAUUGUGGGCUGCGCUGAAGUGGUUUGGGAGUUCUACCGCGGACUUGAUCGAAUGCUGGGCUUUGUAUGGGUAUGCGAAUUUGGCCUGGAUCGGCGUGGCUUUGGUUAGUUGGAGUCCGUUGACGGCGCUCAACUGGGCGCUUGUCGGUGUGGGAUUCGGCUGGACCGUAUUCUUCCUCCUGAGGAACUUGUACCCUGUUCUGAACUCUACGGAAGCGAGGGCUAGCAAGAUUCUCUUAAUUCUGGUCGUUGUGCUUCACGCCGGUCUUGCCAUUGCUAUCAACUUCCUCUUCUUUGCACAUGGAAGUCCUGCCUCCAAAAAGAACAAACACAAGGGCCAUGACGACGACGAUGAUGACGACCACGAUGACCAUGAUGACGAUAAGCGGCGGAUGUUCAGAAUGUGAAGCGCAAUUCAAUUCUGUUUUUCAUUAACCAGCCAGACCCUCAUCGUCAAAACUUGCAGGACUUCAUUAUCGGUCGAUGGAGGAUUUAAUUUGUUUGGGGACUUUAUUAUUUCGUACUGGCCACCAGUCCGUUGUACCCUUACCUGUGU